AUGAAAUUAAUACCUGUGGUGCCCUACCCAUCAAACAGCGGGCAUAUGGUAUAUCACAAGACAAUCAAGGACCUGAAAUUAAAUGCUAAGAAGUGCUCAUUCUUUCAAAAUAAAAUUAAAUUUUUAGGACAUGUAAUCGGUAUUAACGGAAUAUUACCUAAUGAUGAUAAGAUUCUAAAAGUCAGAAACUUUCCUGACCCACUACAAAAGUUUAUUAAAGAGUUCGCAAAAAUCACCAAACCCUUAAAUUUAUUCUUGAAAAAAAAUAAACCAUAUCAUUGGAUCGCAGCUCAAGAAAAGGCGUUUCAAACCUUAAAAACCUAUUUGAUUACAUCCCCGGUGUUGCAACAUCCUGAUUUUAGUAAGCCGUUUUAUCUCCAUAUUGAUGCCUCCAUUUUAGGAUUGGGUGCUGUAUUAGCACAAUUAGAUAAAGAUAAUAAAGAAUAUGUAAUAGCAUAUACAAUUAGAAUGUCUCACUAUCAUUUGGGCAGUAAAACAUUUUUAUCAAUAUUUGGGAUCCAAGCCAUUUUACUUAUCAUGGACUAUUUAUCAUUACAAUGGUUAAGAACAUCAGAAUUAAAAGGUAAAUAG